UUGAAUUAAAAUGAAAAAAAAUCAAAAUUCUUGUAAUAAUUUUUAGCUGAAUGACCGAAUUUCGCCGAAACCUGAGACAUCAAUUCUUGCUAUUUUCACGCUUACACAAGACUAUAUCUCUCCAUCAAAUUAAUAAAUGGUUUAAGCAGGCAGAAGUAUUCGAUAAAAAAAUUACCACUGCUGACACUGAAACUAUUUUCAAUAAAUUCAAGUAAAUUCGUUCUCGGAUUGAGUACGGGGAUUUUGAAAAUUUUCUAAUUGAUUUUUCCAAGAAGAAUAAAAUCUAUAUUGUUGAACUGGAGCGAAAAUUGCUAACAUGUGGUGUACCCAACCCCAACAAGAAGAUUACAUGUUUUAGUCAAAUUUGACGUAACAAUUUUUUGACAAAAUUCUCAGUAAUGAAUAACGAAGUAGAAAAAGGGCUACGCAAACAAUUUAUUCUUUUUUCUGGCAUGAAUAAAACCAUCGCUGUACCUCAACUUAAUAAAUGGUUCAAACAGGCAAGAGUGUUUAAUGAGUUUAUCACUCAUGAGGAAAUAGAAAAGACUUUCAGUAGUAUGAGAUUGAAUCAGAUUGAUUAUAAGACUUUUGUACAGUUUCUCCGAUACCUAUUUGAAACAAAGAACAAAAUUCGUCCCUUAAGUUACUAUGUGGCGAAACUGAUCUCUUGUGGCCCUCCCAGCUCUUUAAAAAUGACCCAUGUUGCAAACGUGGAAGCAGUAAAUAACUCUGUCUGGAACAAGCUGAAAUAAGCUAUAGGUUUUUGUUUUACUAAUUUGAUUUCCGUGUUAUACACUGACCUAUUUAUAUGAUGGAGAGAGAAAUCCAAUUUAUUUUUACAAUAGUUUAUUGAAAAAAAUUAAUUUAUAAAG